AUGAGCAUCGCCGCCAGAAGACCUGAGGGUCCCGUCCUCUCAGACCAUGCAUUGCGACACGACGCUUCCAACGACAAGGGUCAAGUGAGUGUGAUUGUGGACUCAAUCCCAUCGCGUACCUCGUCCAUCUCCUCCUACAAGACCAAUUAUACCGUCUCCACAACACCCACCACGGUCUAUUCUCCCUCCUCGCCCUCUUCGUCGUGCCGCCAAUUCGACUCGAUUGGCUCGGUCUCAGAAUGCAUCAUCCCCGUACAACGUCGAAUCCCGCAGGAAGUAUACGAUGUCAUUCUAGCAAAUCUCGAGAUAAUGCACACAGCCCCACAUCAAACUGGCUGUACGACGUGUUUCCAGCGCGACUUGCAUGCGCUGUCCCUGACCUGCCGCGCCUGGGAGCGCGCAGUCAGACCAAGACUUUAUACUCGAAUCCACAUUGUUGGGAAUGAUUCACCCGCACAAUUGAAGAAGCACCGUCUCAAAAGGGGCAGUCGGCUGAAACUACUGCGUCGGACGCUGCGCGAAAGACUCAUGCUCGCCAAUCUCGUGCGCGACCUUCGGGUGCCCCAGAUGGAGUUGCUUCUCACGAACGCCAAGCAGAGUACCUAUUGGCAGGAAUAUCGGGAUCUCGUCGCAUCGGUGGUCAUGGUCUGUCCCAACCUGGAGCGCCUGCUGGGCUUGUCCUUUGCCUAUCACCACGAAUUCGACCGACUCACCCACGCGCUCUCCACGCGAAAGCGACUCAAGGAGCAUAUCUGGGUGCUGGGAGAGGCUGCUGAGGUUUCAGAAAUGUCGCCUCGUAGCACCUCGUGUCCCGGUAGUCUGGGUCCGUCUCAGAUGUUUGAGUUUCUUAAUUACCAUGUUUCAUGGACCAACCUGGAGACCUUGAUGCUGUAUGGGCUCGACGGUAACGGCGCCCUGGAGCCCAGCAUCUUUUUGCGCACCUUGGAUCUUCUCCCGGCGCUCAAGCAUCUUUGCAUUACCUCAUUCAGUGAAGAUGCCUUUGCGGACACCACCCUGCUGUGUCUUCCUCCCUUGGAAUCUCUUCGUCUCGAAAACCUGCCCGGUGUCACAGACCGUGGUCUCGUGCAAUACACCUCUCGUCCCGAAUCCCGCUCCCUCAAGUCCUUGGUUUUGGUGGAACAGAAUGUGGAGUCGCUGCUGGUCAUCUCCAAAAUCCUGUCCUCUCUGACAGAUCUGCGACGCUUCAAAUUCGUGCAAUCCGAAAAAUGCCCCCUCAUGCCGGACUCGGACAUGGUGUUGCAGCCCAUUCUCGCCUCACCCACAUUGCAAUACCUUCAUUGGGAUGUGGCCUGUCCAGACCCGGGAACCGCGCUGACCCAGCUGGACUCGCGACCCUUUCAGCACCCUCUCAAACAAUCCAAUACCCCCAACUCCCACCUCGCUCAGAGCAUCUUAUCCGCCGGAUUCCCGUGCCUGGAAACCUUGCGAGCUCCCAACGAUGUGGAGCCUCCAGGGGUGCUGCAGGCUUCCUGUCGUCCGAUUAUCCGAGGUCAAGCUCUGCUGCGACCGGAUCGGUUGAGUCUGCCACGGAGCUCACAUGGUUCCGUCAGCACUCGGCCCCUGGCUCUACCGUCUGGAAACAACCUGACCUCAUCUCGCAUUCGAGCCCAGACUUUCAUCGACAUGGCAGCCAAGGAUUCCGAAAGCGGCAUGCCCGUGUUGAUUCAAGAUUACUCGGACGACUACAUCCCAGACAACGCGGCAGCGUCCUCAUUCGAAGACGACCAAGAACAGGAGAUGGAUGACUUUGGUAUCUGGGCGGCAGCCGAGCGAUACCGCAAUGCACCUCCGAAGCACUCCGGCCCGAAGACGGUGUAUGAGUUCCACAUGCCUGCCUUCAUGGGUCGCUCUGGAUUGAGAGAUCCCGCCACGGGUGCCUCGAUCCCCAACUUCCUCCUCCGCCCAGACAUCCCGGGGCAGGAAUCGGACGGUGGGCUGGUCGGGUGGAAGCACCUGCUCUCGUGUAAUCAGUCGCUUUCCUUUGCCGCUGGGAGUGGCUCUCUGUGUUUUGAUUCCCAGAAAAACACACCCACCUCACCCCCCGUCGACGAAUUCACUUCUCCCUCCUCGAUCGCCUCGCGAUUUGCCUGGGGUAGUCUGGGUAGUCGCUCGUCUGUCGCUCCGACGACGCCCACGACGCCCAUCACGCCCAUGACCUUCACCUCAUCCCAUGCAUUGCCCUGGGACAAAGACACCUGCACUGGCUCUUGGAAUCAUAAAACAGGCCGAGACUGGUGGUUUCAUAUGGAGCGGGACCGUCCCGGAAACACUGAAUUGAUCAGUGCCUCGCAGCUUUUCUAA